AAGGCGGAUAUCUCUGCGAGCUUUCACAUAUGUUGAGAAAAUUAGAAGUGAGUUGCAUUGCUUCUGCGGAGUAACCCGCGACUUUAGUGAGCCAAUAAGAUUGAAUUUGUCGGCCUGAAAGCGAAAGCGUCUGUUUGUGAUGAAUUUGGCGCGUUGAAAACAAUAAAUAAUAAUAAAAAAAUACCGUAUUUACGUUAGGAAAAAGGUAUUUAGGCUGUAAAAAUCGUAGGUAUAUUGAGUGGUAGUGAAAUUCAACUUUGUUCUAUCGAGUUUUGUGUGAAAAGUAUUCUGUUGUCGUUAUCUCGACACCCUGCACAACCGAGUUUUGUCAACGGUUUUCUAUUUACGUACUACCUUUAAUUUUAGUUGCAUGUGUUCAAUAUUCUAUUCGUCAGCACGCAAGUACAAAAUUAAACGACAUUGGAGACGGUAAAUGUAGCUGAAAGUGAGAAAUCUUCCCUGCAUGUGGUCUGAAUACUUUUGUACAAAAUCAUUUUCAUCAUGUCGCAUAGAGGCGGAAAUUCUUCGAGCACGCGAUCUUUGAAUGCUAUUUUCUCGAGUGAGCCUAUUAAUUUUAACAAAGAAAACGCACCUCCAGUUAAGAAAAAGUUCUUCGAAAGCCCUGAGGCAACAGAUGACUGUGUCUCCCAUAUCAGAGCAUCAAGCAAUUCGCGAUUCAAAUCAAAUCUUAUUCGUUCGAAAUCUGUAACAAUGUUGCAAAAAGAGGAACCAUCAUUGUCUACCAAAUCGUCUUCUGAAGAAAGGCUUAAAACUCCAAUGAGAAUCGCAUCAAAUCCAAGAUUAUCUGCAGACAGAACUCCUGUCACACAUUUUUGCACACCCAAAAGAGUUAGCGCCAAUGAACGAGGGUCCAAGACAAACAUAUCUGCCAUAUCGAGUAAAACACCUGUAAAACGUUACUUCAGUAACCAUAAUCCUCCAGCUGCAACUCCCGAUUGCUUUAACCUGGUUCAAAUGGAAACCCCAAAAACCAGGCAGGACCUGGGUGCUGAUGAGCAGACAAUGUGCGAAGGAGAACAAAGUAAUCUAACUGUCGGAGUCAGGGUCAGGCCUAUGAGUUUUAAGGAACUGAAUGACCAGAGAAUAACAGCGAUCGUUGAAGCCAACGGUCAAAAUAUAACAGUGGAGUGCGAAUCUUCCAGGCAUACAUUUAUGUACGAUCAUUGCUUUGUAUCCUUUGCCGAUUCCUGCACGCCACAGCAUGCCACCCAAGAGGUGGUAUUCAAAAACAUGGUUCUACCACUGGUAGACAACGCGUUUGAGGGUUACAACGCAUGUCUGUUUGCCUAUGGGCAAACUGGAUCUGGGAAAAGUUACAGCAUGAUGGGUACAGAGACGUGCGGGUCAGGGCUGGGCUCUGAAGCUGGUAUAAUACCGAGAUUUUGUCAUGAAAUAUUUUGCCGAUCAAUGAGAAACUCCAAAGUUGUAACUACAGUAGAAAUUAGCUACUUUGAAAUAUACAACGAGAAGAUUCACGAUCUCCUUGGCGUCAAUGCCAGUGGGGGUAAACGUGCGCCAUUGAAAGUUAGGGAACAUCCAGUGUUUGGGCCCUAUGUCGUAGAUCUGAGCCAGCACGGUGUCAACAGUUACGAAGAUCUGCAGGGUUGGCUGAAGGUUGGUAAUUCUCAAAGAGCUACAGCUGCGACAGGAAUGAAUGAAAAGAGUUCCAGGUCCCACAGUAUUUUCAGUGUGGUUCUAACUCAGACGCAAGUAGAUGUUCCCUCUGGCAAUCAACCGGCGGAGCCGAGUCGUCGGAGUAAAAUUAAUCUGGUAGAUCUGGCUGGGAGCGAGCGCCUAAGUCAGACGUGUGCCAGUGGAGAUAGACUGCGCGAAGGAGUUUCUAUCAACAAGUCGCUCCUAACCCUGGGAAAGGUGAUUGCAUCUUUGGCUGAGAGCACAAACAACAGGAAACGGGGUUUUGUGCCUUACAGAGAAUCCGUACUGACGUGGCUGUUAAGGGAAAGUCUUGGUGGUAAUUCCCGAACAGCAAUGCUGGGAACUGUCUCACCGGCCAGCGUUCAUCUCGAGGAAACAUUGGCGACACUACGUUACGCUUGUCAGGCUAGGGCAAUUGUUAAUCGCGUCAGAGUUAAUGAAGAUUCCCACGAAAGAUUGAUUCGGGAACUCAAAGCGGAAGUAGCUCGGCUGCGUGGGAUCCGGGAAGGUUACGAACGACACCUGGGAGGACUUCCACGUAGAAUUCUCCUCAACGGCGAAUCCGGGGCGGCUGAAACGGUCGAUGGUGUAUGGACAAAAGAGAGGGAAAUCGAAAUACUCAGGGAACAGCUAAAGAAAACCGAAAAACAACUCUGCCUUUCGCAAAAAUCUUGGUCGGAGAAGCUGCGGGAUGCGGAAGAGAAGAAAAACACGGAGUUGACGCACCUAAGACGCUGCGGCAUCGCGUUGGAAAUUGAUUUCAAGGAAAAAACGAUGCAACCCUGUCUAGUUAAUUUAGCUGCUGAUCCUAUCUUGUCUGGUACCCUUUUGUAUCUUCUUCCAUCUGGCUCUGUGCGCAUAGGAAGGCGAAACGUCGAGUCAGCUUCCUCCUAUCAACCGGAUAUUGUCCUGGAUGGACCACUGGUCGGACAACAGCACUGUACAAUUGAAAACAAUAACGGAAAACUGGCACUUUCACCCGAAAUGGAGGGCGACACGUACGUGAAUGGACAGGUAGUAACUGGAAAAGUAUAUUUAAAACAUGGGGAUCGACUAGUUAUCGGAGGCAAUCAUUACUUUCGGGUGUGUAAUCCACUGGAUGAACAAGGCAGAGGACAAAUUUCCGCACAGCCAGUUGACUUUGAAUUCGCCCACCAAGAAAUUCUUAAAAUCCAACAAGAAAAAUUAAGAGCCGAGCUUGAAGAGUCUAAGCAAAAGGUGAUUAAAGAGUUGGAAAAUGCAAAACGUGAAGUCGAAAUGCAGCUUGGUUCACAAAAGUCUACGUAUGAAGAACAGCUUCAGAUGUUGGGAUUGAGUUUGGAACAGCAAAAAACAGCGCUAGCGGAGGUUAACCGUAGAAAACACGAGCUUGAAUUGGAGAAGGAGCUACUUGCUUCAGAAGUUGAAACGAAUAACAGAAUCCGUCAAAUACAAUUUGAGGAAGGAAAAUUGAACAUUUCUCCAUAUCGAUCAAAUUUUCUGCAAGAAUUGGAAGAUGUAUUGAACGAGACGACCGCGGAUGUAGAAAUGGCGUUAAAUAUGAAUAUUGACAGUGAAGAAACAAACUCUAGGGCAGUAAAUCUUCGAGAAAUGCAAUUGCUCGUCAAGGAGGCUUCCGAAAGGUGUAGAGAAGUUGGAAUUAAUUAUAUAACAGAACACCUGAAUGAGAGUAUACAUCAAAUAUCUAUGGAUGCUUCGACAGCUGAGUUAACAAUGGAAAACUUGACCUUACACCCUACCAAGAAGAAAAAUUAUGACCAUGUUAGGAAAUACGUUAGACAGAUGGAGGAAGCAGCGAAAAAUCUUAGUAAUCUCUGUAACCAGCAAGAAAUUCAAGAAAUAAGUGACGAAGUAACAAAGUCUAUCGACAAAGUACAAGAUAUUAUUGUCAGUAUUAAAGAAACCUUGGCAAGUAGUCGCAACAAUGAAAGUAACGCUUCAAACGCAAGCGAAAAUGAUACCGUGAUUGAGAACCCUAGUAUCAUGAAAGCGGAAUACGAUAUGGAACGCAAAUAUUUCCCUGAUGAGAAUAUGUCGCCAUCUAAGUCCAACUUGAAAAAUACGUGUCCAUUCCUUCGCAGCGGCAUUACACCAAAAUCAGUAAGAUUUGACUUUGAUUAAGGUAUAACUUUACUAAUUGAACAAUUCUCACCUAGAGUGUAGCGGCUACAAGAAUGAAAUUUGAAGCAUUGACCAACAGAAGUGGUAAUAUCGGUUUUCGUGAGGUGAGAAAUAUCCCAAAUGUGUCUAGAAAAGAAACAGUCACCCAAAAAAGACGUUGAAGGUUAGCGAACCUGCUGAUAAACCCUGAUGCUCAGUAUUUAUCAGCAGUCAUGUUCACUACUUUAAAAAAAGAAUAUGUACAAUUAAGAUUUUAUUGUGUCCUCACAAUGCCUCUGAAGAAGCUCAGUAGUGAGAUUGACUGUUAUUAUUUAACUAAGAUUUUAGAGUUGCUAAAUUAAUCGAGGAUUUUAUAUAUUCAAGUACAUGUGUACAGGUGUGAUAUAUUUCAAUAAUAUAAAGUCAAAAUAAAUAUUAGCAUUGAUGCGUUGAAACGGGUGUCGAAAAUUUUAGAGUCAAGAUGGUAUUACACGAUUGAAAUAACAUCAACGCUAUGAGUGAUUUCUGAAUUUUUUUAAUAUUAACAUCAAAAAAGAAAUUCGCACUGAGCUGUGAUUACUUAAGACUUACAUUACAUAAUGAUUAAUUACUUUAAUAUUCAUAAUUAAAGACAAGCGCGAGAAGUAUGGCAGUGAAAAAAUUCAUUGUAUUUUAUAACAUCCAGUGCCAUAAACGUUUUUAACGUAUCAUAUUAGUCAGUGUUGAUAUCUAAGAGAAUGUUUUUUUAAGAGUACAGAAUAAUAUAUUUGUAAGCGAUUUUUCUACAUUUCUAAUAAAUUCGCUGUAAAACACAAGCCAGUAAUUGUGAUUAAACGUGCAAUUAAAUCUUGGUAU